GAUCAAGUUGUGAAUCUUGGAGAGAUAGCGCCGCUCUUCGCUGCGCGACGUCAAGAUCAACCAACAACAGACGCAGACCAGGCGACGGAAGUAGUGAAAAGAUUCAUCGGUCGAGGAUACUGGAUGGCCGAGGGAUUGAGGCAACUCCAUGCGGCGGGAAUAGCGUCGCUAGACAUAAAGAUGGAGAACUACCUUCUGGGCAAUGAUCGUGGCGCGCCGGUUAUUAGCGACUUAGGGUGUGCAAUUUUCAUACCGCGCACCAGGGAGGGGGGCCGUAGGAACUACUCGUAAACUUGAAAUAAGCGAGUUGAGUAGAAAAUAAAAGAGGAAGCCCAUUUUUAGUUUUCGGCUAUACGGUCGAAGUCGAUGAUUUCUAUUUCGGUUUUGUGGUAGUGCCACUGUCGGCUUCGCAAACGGGUUCGAAGGCAGGACAUCGCCGCGGGCUUAGGUCGGAAACCGGAGGAGCUGUCGGCGGAGCGCGUGGCCCCGGGUUUUGGCCUUGUGCGCGGAACAAGCCGAGAGAGCGGCCUGCCCCACCGGGCCAAAAUUCCGGACUAGUGGCCCCAAGUUUUGGCCUUUUGGAAGAAGCCGGGGAGGCGGUCUGUUCCACAGGGCCAAAAUUCCGGACCAGUGGCCCGGGGUUUUGGCCUAGUGGAACAAGCCGAGAAAGCGACUCGCCCGGCAGGGCCAAAAUUCCGGACCUUGCGCGCCGGCGCGCAGCGGAUCGCGAGACCCCCUGGAAAGCAGGGGCGCGCCGACUUUGGAGCGCUUACCUUAGCGCAACUGUAAGCGCGACAGCUAUGAAAGGUCUGCCUCCUUGGAAGUGCGCCCCUUUGUUCUAGGGGUUUGAGGGAUCUCGAAGUGGCAUCGGCGACCCCCCCCCCGCGGCGACGCGCAGAGCAUCUCCAGACGCUCACCCGAUGCCAGGCCAAUGGCUUGGCGCAGGUGAACCGUCUCGAGAUGGCCAAAGGUGAACAAAGGGGCGCACUUCUAAGGAGAAAAAGAGCGCCCGUAGCUGUCUAGCUUCGAGCUGUUCGGGAGCUUUCUAAAGGAGGUGCGCGCCGAAGGCGCCCCCCCGCUCUCCAGGGCGUCGCAAGGCGCGCAGCGGAUCUCGAGACCCCCAGGCAGAUCGAGAUCCGCUGCGUGCCGGCGCGUAGCGGAUCUCGAGACCUUCUGGGAGAGCUGGGGCGCGCCUUCGGCGCGCGGCCGCUGUUCCUUUGACUUUUAUCUAUCAUGUUCAUGUCAUGAAAUCUAAGUUAGUUCUGAGCUCUUCUCUCUUUAUGGCCGUUCUUAUUCAUGAACGAGAGACCGCUAUCGAAUUCAAGUCCCAUUUUAAGCUGAACAACUGCGCGAAGAACUCCCCUGCUUGGAUGGUCGCGCAUCUAAUUGCGUCAGACUGAAGAAAGGGCGCAAUCGGGCGUCCCCAAUAGAAGUCGACCCGUUGAAGUGAACUAUUUAAGGGCUUCCUUUUUUAUUAUUUCGUCUGCUCGCUUAUUUCAGUUUUUCGAGUAUGCGUAUGGUGGCUGCAUGGGGAACUCUAUGCGCGAUCCGCUAGCCCAAGCCCGUCAUGGCUUCAGGGACGGGUUCCCCCACCCUGAGGAACUAGAUCGGUGGGCGUUUGGAGCAACUCUGCUCACCAUGCUCUGGCCAGAUAAAGCGCUCGAAAGGGCUCUCGAUUCGGAGAAUCAGAGCUGUAAACAGAUUCAUAACUCUAUCAGAAGUAGGCUCCUGAUCUUCGGCGACGGCCGCACCAAGACCAAUGUCUUCCUCCUCGCAGUCGUGGAACUAGUUCUCCGCUACCCGCUCAACUGCAAUCCGGCGAGGCGUGACAUGUUCAGUUUUGUUAUGCUCUGGAACGAGCUGCUGGCCAAAGAGAUUGAGAAACCGGACAUGGGAAACCUCUUCCGCGACAGUGCUGAAAUAGAUAAGUCCUCGGAAACUUGAAAAAAGCGAGUAGCCUCGAAAAUAAGACUAGGACAAUCGCCGGGCAGCGCCUCGCGGGACCUCUGAGGGCUGGCGACGCUCGGGCCGAGAUAUGUUAGAGGGCGCCACAGGUGCCCGACCGGCCGCGAAGCGUCGGCAGCAAUCUAUAACCGAAGUCCGACCCCAGCCCCAGUGGCCGCACCGCGGGGGCUUGGUAAUGCGUGCGUGUGUGGUAAAUGUUCCCAGCUGCCCUGGCCCUUAGAGGCCGCCCGCGCCUCGGCUGUCGCCGCACCCUCUGGGCUGCGGCCGUCUUUCCGCCUGUGCUUCACCCCCGCCCUUCUCCUUUGGCCCCGCCAGGGGCGUCGGACAGCUCCUCGUCCCCGCUUCCAUUCCGCUGGGGCCACGGCGGGCUCGUGCUCUGGCUUGUUUUCUUGGCCUGGGUCGUGGUUCGCUGAGGUAGCUCCGCUGCUUGUUCGCUUUGCGCGUUGUCCGCCUGAAUUUCGUGGGAGGGCUGUGUGAGUGUGCGAUGCUGCUGGGUUUGUUGUCUGUUCGGUGGUUCUUCAGGUUGCCUUCUGCUUGGUUGUUUCUGGUCUGGGGUGUUGCUUGGGCCGGGUCAUGUCGUGGGGCCUCUUAGGCAGCUUCGGCGUGUGCGCCGUCGGUCUUUCUUUGUCCGUGCUCUUUUCGUUUGCCUCGGUGCUGUUUUUGGUUUAUUGCCAAGACGGAUGGCCCUGGCCCACUCUCUCCUGUAAAAUGUGCGCGCGCUUCUUGGGCGGGGGCUAGCGUCGGGCCUGUUUGGAGGCAAGGGUGAAAGAGGCGAGGCCAGCUCGCUGCAUGGAUGCGAAGCACAUUAAAAACGGGACCCAAAGAAAAGCAACAAGCAAAGAGGCGCGUUUUUCCGGAGUUCCACAACGCCUCCCGCAGGGCGGGUGGAUGGAGCUCUCCCGUCCACUCCGGAAAAGCGCGCCGUUUUGUUUGGUGCUUUUCUUUGGGUCCCUUUUAUUUCGAAUAAGAUUCGCAUUGAUGCACCGCGCCCCAGCUCUUUUGCCCUUGUCUCCAAAGUGUCUGCUCACAGGGUGGCCCUUGGGCUCGCUCUCCUUCGUCGCAUUGCGUGGGAGGUUUCUGUCGGCCCCUCAGGUGGUGUGGUGGGUGUGUGUUGCUAUGCCUUUUCCGCAGUCGCUCGGGCCUCCCUCACUUUCGCCCGGGUCGGUGCGUUUGUGCUCAUUCUUGGGGCUGUUGGUUCUCUCUCUGUCUGCCUCUGCUGUCUGCUAGGUAGUCCCGCCUCGUCGCUGGCAUGUUCGUGGCUGAGCAUCAUAGAACCAUGAGGCGGCGCAGAACGGGUGGGGCAGAGGUGUUUGCGGCUGGCUUGUUGUAUGUGUUUGCGUUCGGGGCUGGUUGGCUGGGGUGUUGUUCGUCUCAUUCUGGCGCGCCCCUCGCCGUAGAUUGCUAGCUGGGGCUUGCUCUUUCGUUUUCUUUGGCCGCUUUUUCGCUGCGGGUAUUAGUUCGGGGCCCCUGAGGGUUUCUUGGCGCACGCUGUGACCGGCGUCAGCCGCCUGGCAUGAUGAGGGGGGCGGCCCGGCUAAUCGAAGCAGGGGCACCGGGUGACCGGCUUGGGGCUGGGCGCCCGCUGCAUCUUCGGGCGCCAGUUGCGUGGGAGUCGCGGAGCUUGUUGCGCUUUGGGCAUGUCCGGCUGGCCGCGGGGGAUUUGUCCCGCCCAUUUCUUCCUCUGUGGUUGGAGGCUGCCUGGGGCGUCUCGUCCUUGCCUGUUGUGCGCGGCCUGCGCUCGGGCUGGCUGGCGCUUGUUUCAAUGCCAGAAGAAUGGCGAGCGCAUACCGGUGGGGAGCAGUUCGUAGUUUUAUUUUCUUUGCCAACUCGCUUACGUCACUCUUUCGAAUAGGAACGUCCCUGGAGACGCUGGGCGAGAGGUGGUGAAACAAAAAAUACUGACGGCAGCAAGCUUGUCUGAAUCACAAGGAGAUCUUGGCAAUCUUAAUAACCCACAUGGAGAUCAACAUGGCGCCGCUGACGCUGUCAGCCGUCUUAAGACUCUAUACGCAACGUCCAGCGCCGCCAGCACCUCUAGUACUCUGCAAGCAACGUCCAGCGCCAGCACAUCUACUACUCUACAAGCAACGUCCAGCACCAGCACAUCUAGAAGUACUCCAGGGGGAACGCCGAGUCCACCUAGUAUUUUACAACAGGCAGCGCAGUCUCCUAGUCCAAAAGGGAAGCCAGACGGAGCCGCAGGACCUGGAGACGAAGGUCACAAGAAUGAUCAGGCUACACCGACAGGCGGAAGUGGCACCAAGCACGGCGGCGACGUGCCUCUGGAAGUCAUGGAGGUAACUCCAGGUGCCAAACAGUCUUUCGAGACAAGUAACCAACACCAAGAGGCUGCAUCGUCACAAUCGGCAUGGAACUAUGAGGCUCUGCAGCCUGCUGCUUCAUCUGAGACUCCGAGCCACGAGCAGCUUGCUGGUAACGGGAAGGACGUCGACGCCCACUUUGACGCGACAGGAGCAAUGACCACUGACAUCACCGCAAAGGGAGCGGGCGGCACUGUGUCUAGUACUAUGGCCUCGGCUGUUCAGACCGGACCUGGUGCCGACAACGCGCAUGAGGAUCUUGGAGCCAUCACAUCUUCUUACGCGGCUUCUGCGCAAGACAAGCCGUCCACAACAACAACAGCCACAGACGCUGAACAAAACGCCGAGCAAGAUAGUGCUCCUUCUACUCCCCAAAUCAGGCUGGAACAAGAUGGUCACGAGGUGACUAGUCAAGAUCAAUCUUCUCCAACUUCUGUUAGUAUGGCCUCGGCUGUUCAGACCGGACCUGGUGCCGACAACGGUAAUGACGCAAUGGGCGGCGCAAUCGUUAUGGCUAGUCCUCUAAGCGGACAAAGAUAAGUGCUUCUUCGAACUUCUAGAAGUGGCUACUUCCUUGUGCUUUACAUUCGACUCCAGGCCUUUGACUUCAUCACCAACCAACAAGUCUUUAUUUCCAAAUCUAACGCGAGGACCAGUGCCACCACUGUUGGAGCAGAAGAGGGAUCCGCAGCGGCUGCCGUAGAGAAAGUGGAAGUGGACAUGAAACCAACUACCAGUGCCACCACUGUUGGAGCAGAAGAGGGAUCCGCAGCGGCUGCCGUAGAGAAAGUGGAAGUGGACAUGAAACCGACUACCAGUGCCACCACUGUUGGAGCAGAAGAGGGAUCCGCAGCGGCUGCCGUAGAGAAAGUGGAAGUGGACAUGAAACCGACUACCAGUGCCACCACUGUUGGAGCAGAAGAGGGAUCCGCAGCGGCUGCCGUAGAGAAAGUGGAAGUGGACAUGAAACCGACUACCAGUGCCACCACUGUUGGAGCAGAAGAGGGAUCCGCAGCGGCUGCCGUAGAGAAAGUGGAAGUGGACAUGAAACCAACAGAAGGCAAAGCGAAAAAUCUCGCGAACAGUGAGCGUGCGGGAAAGAAGGCGGCGAAACAGAGCAAGCUCCUCCGGCGGGAGGACAGAUAAGUGGUAUAGUUCGCAGCUUUGGGAACUCAUCAUAACCAACAAGAGCAGACGCAAACUAGUAUGGUUACACACAAUUUUGCUACUGUCCUCGUGUGUCUCAAAGAUGGCAAGAAUCUUCAUCAGGUGCAAGGUUGAAUGUGUAGAAUCAUUAUCAUCGUCACGACUCAUCAUUAUCUAUCAUUACCAUCGCGGUCACUUCUCAUCCUUCUCCCCAUCAUUAGGUUACUGCAGUAUCGAGUAUUGGUAUGUGUCCUGAGGAGAGGACCAGAAGAUAGGCCGUUAGAGGGUUUAUCUACGAAUGGCAGUGGGGCCAACUAUUUGCCGCGAAAUUCUAUGUCGAUAUAG